UCAUAUUCCUCUGGGCAAUUAGAAGUCAAGCACAGGAUUGGUCAGUUAUCACAUGACACUAUUCUGGUCCCAGAAGAAGGUCUCAAAGGUAAGCGAGGAUUGGUCAGAACGGGUCACAUGCGUAUAUCACCCAUACUUUUCAGGCUGAAAUCACCACUGUUUUCUGAUAUCAUCACAGUUUUUUCCUCAUUUGCAUGAAAUAGCAGCACACUUUUUUUCAAAGCACCAUACUAUGUGGAUAUAUCAACAGAAAAUGGGGGCUUCUCAUUGGCUGAGGGGAAGUAGCCAUGGGCUAAUCUAAGUUAGAGUUAGAGAGCAGCAUUUACACCUAAGCAACUAAAAGUCUUAUUUGAUAUUUCAUGCUGAAACAAAACAUUAACAAAUACCUUAGGAUCCCACCUUUGAUAAGUUUAGAAAUAAGAAAUCAUAGGAUGUUAUUUUUAUAUUAUUUGUCACAUUUGGUGAAUACUGCAACUGUCGGAAUGUCCAUUGUAACCUGUUAAUGUUAUCUCCAAUUAGUUAAACCAGUUCUUCAAGUCAAUUAGUAAUCUUAAAAUUUGAAUGAAAUGCAGCACAUGUGUGAAAAAUAGCUGUUACUACAACUGUCUCUUACACUUAAGAUUGCUGUGUGCCAGGUUUGACUACAACGCAGUGCAACUGCUGAUCAUGGAAAGUAGCUGACUGCUGAUGCAAAUACGGAGAUUGAAGGCGUGAUAGUGACUGCAGCCGGACGUUAUGGUGCGAAACGACGUCGGCGCUUUGGUCUUGUUAUUACUGAUCUCUGUCAUGGUGAUUUCGGAAAGGUACCUCUUGGACAGAACAAUGGCUGCAAACUUCUUCCCAGCUAGGUUCUGCACCGAAACUCGUGAACGGAGCAGUCUUCAGAACAAGAGACGAUGCCGAGUGGGCUACUUACUAUCAGAAAGCAAAGAAAAGCGAAUUCCAUUUCACACGUUCAAAAAAGAGUACAGGAAUUCUAGCAUUGACUUGGUCAAGGACAAUGUCCUCCAUUCUCCAGGUGGACGUCAACCGUUCCGUCGCUGCCCAAGGCCCGUUUGACGUGUUUAUUCACGACUUCACGGAUAUCGUGCGCGAGGCGGAAGAAGGAGACACGAAGGCGGAGAUGUUCGUAGCAGAGUUAUCGGAAUACGUGUCCCGUCACCCUAACAUGGUAGUGAUGAACCCGGUCGCUUCCUGGAGACUGCUGCAUGACCGACUGGGGGCGCAAGGAGUCGCUGCAGAGGUGGUCAAGUUACUGAACGAUCCUGACGUCAUUGUGCCAAACAGAGUCUAUCUGGAGAAGUCCGGAGUUAAGAAUAUGAUGAAAAAUUUGAAAAUGGCGGGAGUGACGUUUCCGUUCGUGUGCAAGUCGUCGUCUCUUCUGCUUGCUGAGCACCACAAGAUGACGUUAGUCUAUGGAAGACGCGGGUUGGAAAGUCUUGACCUGCCCUGCGCCGCUGAGAGUUUCACAAACCAUUCAGGAAUACUCCACAAGAUAUACGUGAUCGGAGACACUCAUUUCGUCUACGCUCGACCCUCAUUAAAGAACUUCGCCAUGUCAGAUGACCUUCCCAAUGUGCAAUUCUCUACCUCUGAUGUUGCCAAAUCCGACUCAGUGUCGCCAUUGAAUGCGGGAAAGCGUGGCGAGCCGACCAGCCAGACCAGUCCUGUGUCAGAUGAAAAGAUUUCCCGGAUUUCGGACAGGAUGAGACACGUGCUGGGGUCCAGUCUGAUCGGGAUUGACGUCAUCGUGCAGGACGGAACCGGAAAUCACGUCAUCAUCGACGUCAACGACUUUCCUGGUUACCACGAGGUUGGAACCCGAGAGUUCCAAACGGCUCUACUUCAACUUCUCAGGACGGGCCCGUGCAGCUGCAUUGGUUCCUAGGAAGAGAAAAUGUUAGAUAGAUGUGAAAAUUCAUCCGUGUAACUUUUUACUUUUUUACUACCGUAUUUUCUCGAAAAGAGUACGCACUUUUAACCUUUUCAAAAUUGAAAAGGUGCUACAAGUUGUUGCCAAAGUUGGGGUACGUACUUUGCUUGUACUCUCCAAGCAAGUCCCCGGCUGUUUUUUUUAACGUUUU